UUUCUCUAUUAUUAAAUAUUAAAUUUCUGGAUUUCGAAGACAAUGCUAACAUGAACAAAAUUAAUUUCCAACAAUAAGGCCCCUUUCACAUGACGCUACACGGCCAUGGUGGCGCCACCAAAAAGUAUAGCCACCAAACACACCACCAGACACGUUAUUUUACUAUUUUAUUUUACAAUGUACAACAUUCAAACAAACUAAUUAAACCAAUAUUUAGUUCCAAAGUGGAAGUUGAAGAAUUAACAUGUGUUGCUUAUUUGUACAGCUACUACGUCUACUACAGACGUGCAAAGAAAAAAAAACGGGAAGUUUUGGGUACAUUCAUUAAUUGCUGAUCGCUCAGCAAAAGGCUUAUUCAAUUUAUUUUACUAUGAUUUAAGAAAAUAUGAAGACAAUUUUUUUAAUUAUUUAAGAAUGUCGAUUAGUUCAUUUGAUGAACUUUUCGGCAUUCUUAAAGAUGAUUUAACCGACCAACAUACCAAUAUGAGAGACUGUAUUUCACCUGUAGAAAAAUUGAUCGUAACUUUAAGUGAGCCGGACUCAAAAAACUGACUCAGUACUUUUAACGACGAAAUCCACUUUUGUAGCAACCUUCACGGCAACGGUCCAACGGAGACGAAUGGUUUAAGAAAAUAAAAUGAUACUUUAAAACUAAGUUAAUAAUAUAUUUUCUUUACUGAGACAAAACAGGAGUAACUGCGUACAUACACGUCAACUACUUUACUGAUACAUACAUAUUAUAUUAUAUGUACAUCAAAAUCCGUAAUCAUUGAAGAAAUGAGAAUAAACAAAAGGCUGCGAACUUUCAUUGUUUUAAUGAUUUUUCUAUGGGUAAUUUAUAUGCUGUCUCCAGAUUUCAAUCACAAUGAUGAAGUAUAUUUAAACAAGAAACUUCAUGAAGCUAUAAAUGAACUAAAAAAACUGCAUAUCGAAAACAAAAAUUUAAAGCUAAAAGUGACCAGCUUGCAUAAAAUGUUGGAAAAGCACAAAAAUAAGAACUCUGACGCGAACGCGUGGAAAGGUCCGCGCGAGCAAUACGAACUAGUACGACGCCGGAUCUACGCCAACACCAAAGAAAUUUGGUACUACAUCAGCUCCGAGCUGCGAUCGUUGAGCCGGGAAGUGACGGACGUGGACCACGUGGACCGGAUGAAGAGCAUGGUAGACGAGCAUUACAGGUCGCUGCUGAACGACGAGGCCAGACUGGCGGACGUUGACGGUCAUUCGGCAUGGCGGCACCGAGAAAACAAGUACCUGAGCCGUUUGGUUGAGAAACGGCUGGUCCGUUCGCAGAACCCGCCCGACUGCGGUAAUGCGAAAAAACUCGUGUGCAACUUCGUCAACAGCCAUUGGUGCGGAUACAGCUGUCGCCUACACCAUUUCAUCAAAUGCCUGAUUAUCGCGUACGGCACCGAGAGGACGUUGGUCAUAGGCAACCCUGCCAGCUGGGAGUUCACCAGCGGUGGUUGGGACACGUUGUUUUUGCCGCCCAGCACAUGUGCGUCGGUGGCGGCGAAUGAACCAGUUUUAGAAUGGCCCGGCCUCCGGGACGUGCAAGUCGUCAAUCUCACCCUACCCGAACCCCCAUACCCCUCGCCCCGCCUCAGACCACGUUUCAUCCCGGUGGUGCUGCCCGAAGACUUGGCCCGCAGGAUAAACGUCCUGCACGGUGAUCCCGCCGUCUGGUGGAUAGGGCAAUUUUUCAAGUAUUUGCUCCGGCCACAACCGGCAACCAGCGAUGCGUUUGACGCAUACGCCAAACGCGUGCGCUUCCAAAAACCAAUCGUCGGAGUGCAUAUAAGACGGGAGGACAAGAUUUUCAGUGAAGCCGCUCUUCAUGAACUAGACGAAUACAUGUACCACGUCGGAGAGUAUUACAAAAUCAAACAAUUAAACGGUGGAGUGGAUAAGAAACGUAUUUAUUUGGCGACGGACGAACCGACAUUGUUCGAUGAAGCUAAACGAAAAUAUCCCGAGUAUGAUAUUAUUGGAGACCCAAGCUUAUCUGAAUCUGGAAAAUUCGCCACCCGCGAAAUGAACCAUUCAAUUCUGAAUAUUAAUAUCGACAUCCAUUUUCUAUCGCUUUGCGACUACUUGGUUUGCACGUUUUCGUCGAAUGUGUGUCGAUUGGCUUAUGAAUUAAUGAAUAGUUUACAACCUGAUGCAUCCGCUCAGUUUAAAUCCCUAGACGACACAUUUUAUUUUAGCGGUCAAAUCCAUAGACUGAAUAUUGCGGUCAUACCACAUAAGCCCAAUAGUACUUUGGAGAUGGAUAUACAAGUAGGCGAUCAGAUUGAAGUCGCUGGUAACCAUUGGAAUGGUUAUUCAAAAGGAACAAAUUUAAGAACAAAUAAGACUCUUCUUUAUCCUACGUUUAAGGUUACUCCGAAAGUCGAAGUUGAACAUUUCGCUACUUAUCCCGAUAUAACAGUGAACACUGAUGAGCUAGAAGACGAGAACCAAUGACAUAUUAUUAAAAAUGAAUUGCUGUAAACGCGUUCGAUAAAAUAAAAAAUAAAUACAUCAUCAAACAUAACAACAACUAAAUAUAGUAUUGAAAUGAUCUUGUUACCGACCAAAAAUCAAUAUUGAAAAACAUUAGCAGUUCGAUAAAGGUGGUUUGAUUUUUUUUUUUCUAAAACAGCUGCUUCAUAUCAAAAAUGAGUGGGUGUUUGUCGUGCAACAGUAGUCUUAAACAAAAUUUAAAAUUUGUAUGCUUUAAUUUUUACAUAAGCUAUUUCGUGGUUUAUAGUAUAAUUUGCCGCAGAGUGCGCGAGCUAGUGGUAACGUUAUCACCACCGCCACCGCUGCUAUGAGCGUAGAAAAACUUAUUCUGCUGUUGGCUGUCUAACUAAAAUUUUAAGAAAUCAUGUACGUAUUGAAUAGUAAAUUUGACCUAAAUGAUUUAAUGUCUCGCGAGCAGAAUUUAUACUUUUAUAUUCAGGAUUUACUAAUAAAAAACGGUUGUUUUUUUUUUCACGAAAAUUACCGAGUGACUUGUGACGCUCGACGGUCAACGAUUUCUUGCAGUAACGAAGUUAACGUUUCAAUAAGUUUUAUUACAGUACGCUGUAUAAUAUUACCGAUUUAUACAGGAUACAACUCGAUAAACAAGAUUCAAUACCAUUAUUGGUAUGUGGCUUGUCUGACAAGAAAUUAUAACCAAUUCUGUACGAUUUAAACUGUUCACAUUAUUCUAUUGGUAGAUGAAAAGUUUAAGGUUCUUUAACUAUCAAUAAAAAGUAAUUGAAUAGUUUUUAUUGCCACCAAUGAAAAAAAAAACUUUCUGGAAGAUUUGGGUGGAAGCGCCCCUGAUCCCCCUUCUCUUCGAUAUGCGCCUGUAAUUAUGUAAUACAAUUUUCCUUAUUUAUAAAAUAUACUCAUAGUCACGUAAAAUAAUUCUUCGAACAUAAUACAUUUUUAACAUUUCAAUAAU